AUGAAUGCUAUGUUAGGUUCCAGACCAGAUAUUUGCAUAGUUGUAAGUAUUAUAAGCAGGUACCAGUCAUCUGCAACUGUGGAUUUAUGGAAUGCUUUGAAACGUGUCUUGUGUUACAUUAAGGAAAGCAGUGGACAGAAAGUCCACAAGUGUAUAUCUUUUCAAAGUUUUAGUUGUAGUGUUUCAUGGGUAUCUAAGAAGCAACCCACGGUGUCUCUGUUAUUAACAGAAUUUGAAAUUGUAGCCUUAAGCAAGGCAACUAGUGAAGCCUGUUGGCUUAAUAAUUUGUAUCAUAGUCUUUCUGGCAGUCAAAGAACUAUUGUCCUUUAUGAAGACAAUGUACCAGUAAUAAGCCUUUGCAAGGACCCACAGUUCUAUCAUAAACUAAAGCAUAUAGGUGUGAAAAUUUUAUUCUGA